AUGUCCAGCAUUAGCACGGGUGCCGCUUUGUCUCCAUCGACAACACCCAAUGGACAAAUGGCCAACAACGCUUUCUUUUCCAUGCUCGGUCGCAGCAAUAGUUUCAAGUCAGAUCAGUCUCAACACUCGCAGCUCCACACCAGCUCACCAUCAGUCGGCAUAUCCCAAGAUCCCAACUACUGGGUAAACAUACACAAGGCGCGCAACAUCAGAGAGAGCAUACUGAAGCUCAAGGCGUUUCUCGACCGCGUACUACAAGCGGCCCCAAGCGAACAGCGCACUAGCGACUACCACAAAGUAACAGCCGAGAUUCGAUCGCGCGAGCGCAAGCUGAUGAAAUACAUCAACCACUAUACGCUUAACUACUAUGAUGUGGUGUCUGAUAGGCAGGCGGACGAGGUGCCUGUAAAAAGGACUGACAAGUCGUUGGCGCCAGAGCCACCGACUCAGAUAGAGCUCGGGACUAUCUCGCCCCCAAUGUCUCCUGCCACUAUGGUCAGCCCAUCUGUUCUUCAGCCACUGGGGGUUGCACCCACAGGGCUUGGAGCAAAAAGACAGGCGCACAUUAAUAUUGAAGUUCCGCCGCAUUUUGCCUCCGGAUCCUUGCCCCCCACGCCCACCACUAUUGACUCGCCUGUUAGCGAACAUACGCCUCUGCAGCUUCAGCAGAGGGAGCCAGCGCUUGGCUCGCAGGCGUUUAUCAAUUCGUACAAGAUGGACACCAAGUACCAGAACGCAGACAGAAACGUGGGCAGUUCUGAUAACAGUAGCACUGAGUUUCGCAAGGAAAGCAGGGCGCCUGGUGGUGUUGGUGCUGAUGGCGGUAGAAGCAAGUCGUAUGCGAAUGAUUCUUUGCGGCCACAAAUUAAAAAAAUGGCCUCUUCGCCACUGCUCGCGCCGAUUCAGCUAAAGGCGCCGAGGAAAACGAGCGAUCCUCAAAGCUUAUACUCUUAG